CGGCGGGGCGGAGCGCCUUUAAAGGCCGCCGGGGCUCCGGCGGCGAGUGCGGGCCGCGCUCUCGGUCACCAUGAGCGGUAGCGGGGCGAAGGGGGCGGCGGCUGAGCGGGAGGAGUUCAUGGGCUUCUUCCCGCAGGUCGUCCGCGACCUGACCGAGGGCGGCCUCGGGCACCCGGAGGUGGGCGACGCCGUGGCGCGGCUGAAGGAGGUGUUGGAGUACAACGCGCCGGGCGGGAAGUGUAACCGCGGGCUGACGGUGCUGGCCGCCUUCCGGGAGCUGGCGAGCCCGGGGCAGCAGGACCCGGAGAGCCUCCGCUGCGCCCUGGCCGUCGGCUGGUGCAUCGAGCUGUUCCAAGCCUUUUUCCUGGUGGCCGACGACAUCAUGGACGCAUCCCUCACCCGCCGGGGGCAGCUCUGCUGGUACAAGAAGGAGGGGGUCGGUCUGGAUGCCAUCAAUGAUGCCUUCCUCAUCGAGUCGUCUGUCUACAGGCUGCUGAAGAAGUACUGUGGGGAGCGCCCCUACUAUCUGCACCUGCUGGAGCUUUUCUUGCAGACUGCCUACCAGACUGAGCUCGGGCAGAUGCUGGACCUCAUCACUGCUCCUGUUUCCCAGGUGGAUUUGAACCGCUUCAGUGAGCAGAGGUAUAAGGCGAUUGUUAAGUAUAAGACAGCAUUUUAUUCCUUCUACCUGCCCGUGGCCGCUGCCAUGUACAUGACUGGUAUUGACAGUAAGGAGGAGCAUGACAAUGCCAAAGCGAUCUUGCUGGAGAUGGGUGAAUUCUUUCAGAUUCAGGAUGAUUACCUGGACUGCUUCGGGGACCCGGAGCUCAUGGGAAAGGUUGGCACAGAUAUCCAGGACAAUAAGUGCAGCUGGCUGGUGGUGGAGUGUCUGCGUCGGGUCACGCCAGAGCAGAGGCAGAUCCUGGAGGAGAACUAUGGCUGUAAGGAGCCUGAGAAGGUGGCAAAGGUGAAGGAGCUCUACGAGACUCUGGGCAUGAGGGCUGCUUUUCAGGAGUAUGAGGACAGCAGCUAUCGGCGCCUGCAGGAACUGAUCAAAAAACACAGCGGCCGCCUCCCUAAAGAGAUCUUUCUUGGCCUAGCUCAGAAGAUUUACAAGCGGCAGAAGUGAUGAUGGGCCUGUCUUGGGACUGCUUAGUCUUUGCUAAAGCGGGGCUGGAAGGGUUUACCCCCCUUGCUGUAGUGGCCUGGAGCUGGCCCCUGCCCCACCAGCUGCCAGGUCUCCUGCCCUGGAUCGGGGGUCUGGGGGCUGCCUGUAGCCCGGGUGCUGGGGGGGCUCGCAGAGAACCUGCCGCUGUUUGUGUCAAUAAACGAGUUACUGUG